AAUGCGCGUUAGAGACGUGACGGCGAGAAAAAGGACGUGGACGACGCCGACGCCGAAGACGACCAAGACGAACGGAAAGUGUGCGAUUCGGACGACGACGGCGGCGGCGACGGCGACGGCGGCGGCGACGGCGACGGCGACGGCGACGGCGACGGCGACGGCAACGGCAACGGCGACGGCAACGGCAACGGCAACGGCAACGGCUACGGAGGCGACGGUGACGACGGCGGCGGCGGCGGCAACGACGACGACGACGACGACGACGACGACGACGACGACGACGACGGCAAGGACGGCUACGGCUACGACAACGGCGAUACGAAGACGAAGGAGACGCGCGACGAUCGCGAACGUCGACGACGACGAAGUCGCGAGGAGAGAGCAACAGCAGCCGAGCAAUCAGCCGCGACGGCAUUUGAUCCAACGCAAUUAUGUACGCGUACGGUUUCGAGAUCACGUAGUACUCGGCGUGUAAUUAUGUUGUUGUUGUUGUCGUCGUCGUCUUUGCACGGCGCGCCCUGUGUAGCUUCACGGUGAAAAUCUGGCGUGAGAGUUGCCGCGGUGGAAAGGGGAACAUGGCGUCGGUCUCGGCCGAAACUCGAGCCAUCCAUGGGCACAGUUUCAGUAAGAAGACGUUUCACAAGCCGACGUACUGCCACAACUGUACGGACAUGCUCUGGGGCCUCAUUCAGCAGGGGUACAUCUGCGAAGUUUGCAACUUCGUGGUGCACGACCGCUGUCUCAAGGCCGUCGUGUCUCCCUGCUCCAGCAUCGCGGCAAGCCUGAUUAAGAACCCGGUCGCACACUGUUGGUCCGAACAGUUGGUACAUCGCAAAAGAAAAUUUUGCAACGUUUGUCGGAAACGAUUGGAUGAUAAUCUAUCCAUACAUUGCCAAAUAUGCGAGUAUUUUGUGCACACGGAAUGUCAGGACUUUGCUGUGGCAGACUGCAAAGAAAAUGCAACUUAUUUACCUGGAAAGGAUUUGGCUGCUGUAAAACAUACGCACCAUUGGCGAGAAGGAAAUCUUCCUAGCAAUUCUAAGUGCGCCGUAUGCAAGAAAAGUUGCUUCUCUGCCGAGUGCCUUUCUGGAUUUCGCUGCGAAUGGUGCGGCGUAACGUCACACGCAUUCUGCUACAAAAGCAUUCCCUCCGAAUGUACGUUUGGGAAUUUGGAAUCAAUUUACCUACCGCCACAUGCCGUCAGUAUUCCACGUACCGAAGUACCAAUGGAAGCGAUUAUUGGGGUACAAGUGCGUCGUAAAGAAGUCCUGGCGCGUGAGUAUUCCUGCCAUAACAUCGGAGAGCAAUUCGAUUUCGCUGAGAGUGAACAAAUUGGGGCUGCAGGCCGCCUAGCAGAAGCUUUGAGGCGCCUUUCACUAGUUUUGCCACGUAGCUGCCAUGGAAAUUGUCAUGCUUCCCCUCCUUAUGUUCGAGCAAGAAGCAUAUCCGAAGAAUUUAGCAGUGGCGAUGCCAAGUAUCGCGAUAACGACGAACCUGUGCAAGGUCCGCAUGGCCGUGAUCCACGAUAUAACAAAGAUAAGGAAGAUAAAGAGAGAGGCGACGAAGAGAUGAUAAAGGUGUACGAUGGUAAUAGCUCUUUGAGGCGUCGAAUAUUUCGAGUAAUCACGAUACCUAGACAAGCUACCACGGAACAGGUUUUAACAUCCGCACUUCGUGCAUUUCAUAUCACGAAAGAUUCUAAAAAUAUUCAUUUCCAUCCAGGCAAUUUUUACUUAACCGACUUGUACGCUACGGAGGAAACUGAGUUGUGCGAUCCGACACCAGUUCUAAACUUGAAUCGUAAAGAAGGCAAACGUCCGGCAGUCUUUUUGCGAUUUAAGGACAAUGAAAGCGGAGAAGUGCGAGUCUAUCCUGGAAAAUUACAGAUAUCGGAGUCGUUCUGCAUCGUACCUGUAACGGAAACAACGACAGUAACAGAUUUAAUUCAGGAAUCCCUUCAAAGGUUUAAUCUAAAAAGUGCAAAUUCUGAAGAUUACAGAUGUAGACAAAUUCUCCUGGAUCGUGACGUAUCCGGCCGUGUUUUAUCGCCAGAAGAAAAACCAUGGGAUAUAGUUAAACAGCUCGGUAAAGAUUCCAUUAGGCAAAUGGAAUUGAUGCGCUUUUAUUUACAAUUAAAACAAGAUCCCCACGGACCCAAUUUGGCUCUAUUCGUGGGGAACUUGCCACCGAAUCUUUCGGAACGAAAUUAUGAAAAUAUGUUGACCGAGUUUUUAGGAAAAGAAAACAAAUUCUCAUCCAUUGGCCCAAUUUACUACGAAUACGGUUCGAUGGUAAUUAUAUACGAAGAUUCGAAUAAAGCAGUUAAAGCGUUGUACACUUUGCGCGAAUCAAAAUACGAAGACAAACAUCUUCUGGUUAUGUUAUUGCCAAGUAUCGAACCAAGUAUGGUACCAUCAGGUGUUCAACCCUUACUUGUAUUUGUGAAUGUCAAAUCUGGUGGUUGCCAAGGGCUACAGUUGAUUUCUAGCUUUCGUAAACUUUUAAAUCCUUUUCAAGUGUUUGAUCUGGAUAAUGGCGGGCCACUUCCUGGGCUUUACGUUUUUCGUCACAUUAAACACUACAGAAUUUUGGUCUGUGGCGGAGAUGGUACGAUAGGAUGGGUCUUGCAAUGUUUGGACAACGUCGGUCAAGACAGCGAAUGUUCUUCGCCCGCUUGCGCUAUCGUACCGUUAGGAACAGGAAAUGAUUUGGCGAGAGUGUUAUGUUGGGGGUCUGGAUAUACAGGUGACGAGGAUCCAUUGAAUUUAUUACGAGAUGUUAUCGACGCAGAAGAAAUUAUAUUGGACAGAUGGACGGUUGUUUUUCAUCCGGAAGAAAAAGAUGACAAGUCCCAAAUGAGCACCAACGCUGCAGUAGGGGCAAGUUCAACCAGCGAGGACAAUACGCAAAUAUUUGUAAUGAAUAAUUAUUUCGGUCUUGGUAUCGAUGCGGACUUGUGCUUAGACUUUCACAAUGCAAGAGAAGAGAAUCCUAACAAGUUCAAUAGUAGAAUUCGAAAUAAGGGUGUAUACGUGAAAAUGGGUUUACGUAAAAUGGUCGGCCGUAAACCUUGCAAAGACUUGCACAAUCAGAUUCGAUUGGAGGUGGACGGUAAACUGGUGGAUUUGCCGCAAGUCGAAGGAAUAAUCAUUCUCAAUAUUUUAAGUUGGGGCUCUGGUGCUAACCCUUGGGGACCAGAUAAAGAAGAUCAGUUUAACAAACCGAAUCAUUGGGAUGGUAUGUUGGAAGUCGUAGGAGUUACAGGCGUUAUGCAUCUAGGACAGAUUCAGUCUGGUCUCCGUGGAGCAAUGAGGAUAGCACAGGGUGGGCAUAUAAAAAUACGUUUGCACUCUGAUAUACCAGUACAAGUAGAUGGCGAACCGUGGGUCCAGAGUCCGGGAGAAAUUGUAGUUCUAAAAUCUGCAUUAAAGGCUACCAUGUUGAAGAAAAAUAAGAUCAAGCGUCGGAAUACCGAACCGUCGAUCCUACCUGCUAAUGGGGAGGGGGGCAAGAGCACGGACGAGUAAACCAACCAUACUGCAGCUUGCCACUAGUCAGUCAUUAUAAAUCGUUCGUUUGAGAGAGGUGUGCGAUCCUCGCCUAGACUCCUCGAUGUGCAAAAGAAAUAGCACAUAGGAACGGGGAGUUUCGGUGUGAUCUCACCCCCCCUAAAAACGUAGGCCUCCUAUGUAUGAAUUGUUCCGAUCGACUCCCGAAAGAAACGCAUGCGUUUACCUCGAUGUAUAUAUCACCACCGUGUCGAUACCCUUGGCCCAAUUGCAGCUGGAUGCUUCUCGUAAUAUAUAUAUAUAUAUAUGGAUUAGUCACGCAUCUCUUUUAUUAGAUAGUAGACGUUCUUCUUAGCUUUUAUGGAAUAAUGUUUCUUUUUUUUUCUCUUUCUCUUUCUCUUUCGUUUCUUCUUCCUUUCUUUCUUUCUUUCUUUCUUUCUUUCUUUCUUUCUUUCUUUCCUUCUUUCUUUUUUUCUUUCUCUCUUUCUUUCUUUCCUUCUUUCUUUCUUUCUUUCUUUCUUUCUUUUUUUCUUUCGUUCAUUUAUCUCUUGAAACUUGUUAUUAUAUAUGUAUCAUUUUCGUCUUUUCUUUUUCUCCUGAGUUCCGAUAUCUAUAUUUCUCACUUCGUCAUUGCCAUUAACUUUCUAUCGAUUACUCCUUUGUGCGUUCCCCUGAUCCUGUCCCUUCCUAGGCAACGAUGCUGAAGAAGAGCAAGGGUAAAAUGAAGCGGCGUAAUACAGAAUCCAGCAUGCAGCUCGCACUACAGGCUGCGCCCUCGAACGAUCCGGAUUCUGAGAUCUUCUGAGUGAACAAAUCGUACUGUGCGAAGAUGGUCAAUGUCGUUGUCACGCAGGAGCACGUAGUCACGUACGAAAAUUAUUUUAUUAUACGAUGAUAACGUAUAACGUGUGUAAGCGGCCUCGAAAUCGUCACCGUAACGAUUGUGCUGUUACAACUUCAAUUACUACAACGCAAACAGUUGUUUCAACGGGUGGAAAUAGAUAAGAUUUUCAAAUAAGAACUCAUGAUAAGAUUCAUUGAAAAAAGGUCAGUGAUAUCUUUAAUGUCCGUUCACAUGUUGCUAGGAUGAAACUAGAUCUCAUUUCUAAAUGUUAAUAAUCAUAGCACUGUAUGUAGCUUGUCAAUCGAUAUUUUUUUAGUCAAAUUAUAAUAGAACGUAACACACGAUAAUGUUACCUCACGAACUUUUAAAAGCAGUAUUGAAGAUCAUAAGCUACUUGCUUCUAAUAUUUAAUUUAUGUUUAUAUAGCUUGUAGAUUGGACACACGAAUGUAAUGUAUAUUACGUUUGGUAUGGUAUUUUACCAAUCUGUGGCAGUAUGAAUCGAGUAUUGCGAUACAAGACGCAAAAAAGGCAUAGAUAUAGUGAGAGUGAGAGUGAGAGUGAGAGUGAGAGUGAGAGAGAGAGAGAGAGAGAGAGAGAGAGAGAGAGAGAGAGAGAGAGAGAGUGAGAGAGAGAGAGACCAGUUGUUAUUAGUAUGUUACACACACACACACACACACACACACACAAUAUUAAUAUAUUUACAUAAUAUCGUAUUAGUAUUAUGAUUUUAAGUUGUGAUAAUUGAUAUACAAUCUGACCGCUGGGCAGUCUGGAAUUCACAAACCAGGUGCGGUUAGAAAUUUCCUAGAAAUAAUUCAUAAGGGAGUUAAUGUAACUUUCAAGUAGCGCUGCUCCAAGGCAAAGCAUUUUGCCAAUUCGUCUUUGACUUGUGAAAAAGAGCAGCGCCAUGAUCUAUUAAUUGGACAAGUAAAUAAAAAAACAAAUAAAUACGUUAAGGAGGUGGCUUGACAACGUUCUAAAUUUGGCUCCGACAAACCCAAAUAUUCCAAGUUUGCCGGAGCCAUCGGUAGACCGAACAUUCCACUUUAUUGUAGUCAAAGCAAAAAGAAAGAAAGAACGAGCGAGCGAGCGAGAGAGAGAGAGAGAGAGAGAGAGAGUGAGAGAAGGGUCGGGGGAGAGAGUGAAAGAGAGAAAGAAAGAAUACGUGUUACAAAUUUAAAAAAGCCAGUGUAUAAGGAAAAUUAUAUAACGAUGAACAAACUUGAAUGGUAAUAACGACGAAAUCGUGCUCUUUUCACGUGGCAUAAAAAGCGCGCCUUUGAAACAUCGAGUAGCAAUGCCCGAUGAACGACGAUGGAUUCUAUUCAAUGGCAUUGUUGAUUAUCUACAGAGAAAAGAAUGGGAGUAAGUGUAUGCAUGUGUACGUGCCUGUAUGAACGAGAGUGGGCUUUGGGAGUGACAAAAAUGCGGUGCCAAACAGUUGUAAAUAAUAUUAUAUAUGUAGGAGAUAAGAUGGAACUAGUCGUGGUGGCAUCUAAUGCAGCGCAAGAAAUGGAUGCAGUGCGACGUGUGUUGAUGCUAACGUUGUCAUGCCGAUAUUAAUCCUAAGGAAGAGAAAUGUAAUCUGCGACGCGAUGCUUGAACGAAGGAAAAACAAGUGAGAGAGAGAGAGAGAGAGAGGGAGAGAGAGGGCUUCUUUGACAAUUUAUUGUUAAGCAAAAUGAUCAAAGAAGAGCGUAACGUACGCAAAAGGUAUCAUUCAUCUCACGCUUAUAGGUCGCGAUCGGUCGAUUUUGAAAGAGAAAUCUUUUAGCACCGUUUCGUCUUCGAUAACGAUCUUCGAAUACGUUGCAUUUCAUCGAAAGGAAAUUGACUUUUUCCAAAUUUUUUGGUUUAUUAAGCGGACUCGCUUAACUUCACCAAGGAGACUGUCAUUCCCGGAUAAUUGACGAGCCUCUUUUCUUGAUCUCGAUCUACCAAUGAUGAAUAUGGGGCUCAUUAUUUCACGCUAAUAUCCGGUAUUACGGCGUAAAUAAUACAUCUGCGGUAGACUGAAGAUUAUAUUUAUCCCUGUGACCAAACUAUAGUAUAUUUGCUGUUGCUACGAAGUAUAGAAAAGAACAAAAAAAAAAAAAAAAAAAAGCCAAAAAAGAACAAAAAAAAAAGGAACAAAAAUAAUAAGCUACGUACAAUCUAAAUAUAUAAUAAUAAAUAAUAACAUUAAUAAUAAAUAAUAAAUGAGUGUAUGUGCUACUAGACAGCUAUCACGACUGAAUUCAUUACCUCUCCUUCUUAGGACGCUGUAAAAGCGCUGACAUAUUCUAUUAUCCACUUUGACUAUCGAUAAGACGCCCUUUAACGCUAUGUAUUUUUAGCUGUGUAUACGUAAAUGUUUCCAGUAACAACAUAAAGUUUUAUUAAUGUUACAGUAAACGAAUAGCGCGAUAGUGCAACCUAAAAAACUUACAACUCUGUUCAUUUUUCGAACUGUACCAAUAAAUGCACUAUAAAUAAACAUAAUUAUACCAAA